UUCAGUGGAUAGACUCAUCCUCACAUGGUUGGAGUGUGUUGUGGACUUCAGAGAAACACAGAUACAGGAAUAAAUUCAGUUCUCGAAGGAAACAUUACUUAUACAUUCAUAUUGCUGAAACUUGGAUACUUGGAUACCUGCUUUCUACACCUGAGGUGAAACUACCAUAGCGCUGACCAGGACCAUGCGGUCUAAAAAUAGGAAUAUGGUUCACUGGAAAUGCAUCUGAUCCAUUGGUUCUACCUCAGACGUUAAAUCAUGGGAAACGUGGAGAGCCAAAAUGGAGACCACACCUACUACAGUGAGGGGCAGGGCCACCUAUCACGAAAGCACAUGACCCGAUCACUUCGCAUCAAGCAUUCUCGCCGAUCACGUCACGCCUCGUCCAACAAGGGUGAACACCGCGACUCUGAGACCAGCACGAGAUCCAGCAGCACCCCUUCCAUCCCACAAUCCCUUACUGAAAACGGCCUUGAACCAUUUAAAAAAACAGAUGCUCUGAAGGGCUAUGGAGGAAACAUUUGGGUGGACCGGAUGGCUAUGAAUUUGCGACCGGUUUCUUUCCACGACAGCACUGGGGAUCCCACCAUCACGCCAGGCUCCGAGGAUGGCGUAGAGAUGGACACGGUGGUGCCAGAAAGCUGCGAUGAGACCAGACUUUUCGUAAGUAAGGACACGUACCUACAGAGAACCAAAGAUGGUCCUCGGGAAGGAAGUAGCUUUAAGAAGAAGCGAUCCAAAUCUGCAGAUAUUUGGAGAGAGGAUUCAAUGGAGUUCUCAUGUUCAGAUCUAAGCCAAGAGCAUUUGACGAGCACCGAGGAGAUCAUCGAGAGAACCGAGGUUGAAGAUAAAGCAUUCGCUAAAUGUGGAGGUAGACGGCGCACCUCCACCCCACGGACGCUUGAGUCUCAUCCCGGAGAGAGAGCUAACUCUUUGGAUGAACUUUGCACGGAGAGGCUACCUUCACUUCAUGGCUCCCACCAUCACUAUAACGGUCAUGGUACCGAGAGGACCAAAGCGGGCAUAAUGAACGGAGAGGUCUUGUCUCCGGAAGAGGAGGAAGGUAAUGGAUACUCAGCAUACACUCUUCCUUGUCGUCGCUCCCACUGCCUGUCAGAGGGACUGUCCAAUCACAAGGCUACCCUCCGUUCAUGUAUGCAGGGCCGACGUGCACAAACGACACAUGAUAUCACGGCGGGUGAGGGUAGCGAGUAUGGAGACAGCGGUAUCGACGGAGGACUGGCUGAAGUCGAACACUCGUCGCGACGCUGCAAGGCCAUGUCUGCGUCUUUCUCCGUGUACUCCACUGCUAGCGAGAGCAUCUUCGCAGGAAGCGACAGCGGUAGCAGCAGCGGAGGUGGAGGAGAUCAACGACAAUCUGGUGGAGAUCAAGGAGUGUACGAGAACUUCCGUCAUGAACUGGACUUGAACUCCAGACAAACGCGGGAUUGCUUAGAAGAAGCCAGUUCGGCUGCUAGCGAUGAACGGAGCAGUGGAACCCUCAGCUCCGUUUACCCCUCGGACAUUUUGCUCACCACGGCCCACGGCACGGUGCGGAAGGCUGGCAUACUGGCCGUGAAAAACUUCCUGGUGCAUAAGAAGAAUAAGAGGGUGGAGUCGGCAGCAAAAAGGAAGUGGAAACAGUACUGGGUGUCACUCAAAGGAUGCACUCUGUUUUUCUAUGAAACGGAUGGCCGUUCGGGGAUUGACCAUAACAGCAUUCACAAACAUGCGGUCUGGGUGGAAAACAGCAUUGUGCAGGCUGUCCCAGAACAUCCCAAAAAAGACUUUGUGUUUUGCUUAAGCAAUGCACUGGGAGAUGCCUUCCUAUUUCAGACUUCAGGUCAAACAGAGUUGGAAAACUGGAUAACCGCCAUCCACUCAGCAUGCGCUGCAGCUGUCGCCCGCCAGCAUCACCGCGAGGACACCGUACGACUCCUGCGCUCCGAAAUCAAAAAGUUAGAGCAGAAGAUCGACAUGGACGAGAAAAUGAAGAAGAUGGGCGAAAUGCAACUCUCUGCUGUCACAGAUGCAAAGAAGAGGAAGACUAUUCUGGAACAGAUAUUCCUCUGGGACCAGAAUUUGGAGCAGUUUCAUAUGGAUCAGUUCCGGUAUCGUUGUUACCUAUCCAGCCUGCAGGGCGGCGAGCUUCCAAAUCCAAAACGCCUGCUUGCGGUGGCUUCCCGCCCCACCAAGCUGUCCAUGGGUCGUCUGGGCAUUUUUUCAGUAUCAUCCUUCCAUGCCCUGGUGGCAGCGAGAACGGAUGGUGGAAUUCGGAGACGCACUCAGGCUCUGUCUCGCAGCUCCAGUAAACGAAAGAGCCGUUUCUCCUCUCUCUGGGGUCUGGACACUACCUCAAAAAAGAAAACCAAAGGCAGACCCAGCAUCAACCAGGUGUUUGUAGACGGUGAAGAGCCGGUUCAGAGGAAUCUUGAUCACAUGUUUGAGGACACUGCAAAGGAGACCCUGAACGACCAAGACGGUUCAUUGUCAAGCAUUCCCCAACACAAGACAGACAGUGACGUUUGGGUUCCAGACUACCUCACCCCAUCCUGGGUCUCUUUACCUGAUGACCGGCCCGUGUUGGCAAUCAUUCAACCGGACGAGACUGCCAUGGAGGUGCUGGAAGCCUUGUGCAGGACUCAUGGGCUGGAUCAUUCCAAGUACUAUUUGCGGUUAAAGGUCCUCAUUGACAAUCAAGUGCGGUUAUAUGUCCCCAAACCUGAGGAGGACCUGUGUGACCUGCUCUACAAAGAAAUUGAAAUCUGUGCCAAAACAACCAAAGUCAUACAGUUUGAUAGAGAUGAGUCCUGUGCCAUUGGUUAUGGUUUCUCAGUGGCUGUGGUGGAGGAGGACGGUAGGCAGCAGGUUCAUAUCACUGACGUGAAAGCCGGGGGUCUGGCAUUUGCCAAAGGUCUGCGAGCGGGUGAUGAGAUUGUAAAGUUGAACAGUAAACCGGCGAGUGCGUUGGAGUUGGCAGAUAUGCAGGCAGCGUUCGCUUUGCCCUCUCUUACCCUUACUGUCAGUACACUGCCUACCGCUGAUCCACACCAGCUGUGCCUGCAGCCUCCCCGCCGUUCAGACGGAGCACAGGAACACUGCACUGACAUCUUCUCUCAAAGCCAAGAGGACAUCUUGGAUGAUGGUGUUGGCUUGGUGCUGCACAGCCCGACUGACACAGAGGAAGACCGGGUAAAUCUAACAGCUGAGAGUCCUGCUGACAGCCCAGAGGACGAAACCGAUUCACACAAGAGUACAGACCAGAUGACCACUUUUUGCCGUAACCUCCAUGAUAUGAAUUCUCCUGAGGGACCGGUUUCCUGCUCUUCUUUUUCCCCCACAUCUUCCUCAUCUUCGUCCUGCGUGCCAAGUCCCAUCUCACCCUCCCCUGUGCUCUUUACUCCCCGCCAGCUUUCUGAUGCGGAUAAACUACGCAAGGUCAUCAGUGAGCUGGUGGAUACGGAGAAGACCUAUGUUAAGGACCUGAACUUUUUAAUAGAGCGAUACCUGAACCCUCUUCAGAAGGAGAGCUUCCUCUCACAAGAUGAGCUGGAUGUGCUUUUUGGGAACUUGGCAGAGAUGGUUGAAUUUCAAGUGGAGUUUCUCAAAACUCUGGAAGAUGGCACCAGGCUGCUUCCGGAUUUAGAUAAACUGGAGAGAGUGGAUCAAUUCAAGAAAGUUCUGUUUUCUCUUGGCGGGUCCUUCCUGUACUACGCAGACCGGUUUAAGAUCUACAGUGCGUUUUGUGCCAGCCACACAAAAGUCCCCAAGGUGCUUUCAAAAGCUAAAACCGACCCGGAGUUUAAGGCGUUCCUGGCUGAGAGGAACCCCAGACAACAGCAUUCCUCCACGCUGGAGUCCUACCUGAUCAAACCCAUUCAGAGAGUCUUAAAAUACCCACUGCUGCUCCGAGAGCUUUACUCUCUCACUGACCCCGAAAGCGAGGAACACUACCACUUGAAUGUUGCCAUGAAAGCAAUGAACAAAGUUGCCAGUCACAUCAAUGAGAUGCAGAAGAUUCACGAGGAGUAUGGGGCUGUUUUUGACCAACUCAUCAAUGAACAGAGCUCGGACAAAAAAGAGGUCGCCGAUCUGUCAAUGGGGGACCUCCUACUGCACGACACGGUGGUCUGGAUAAACCCACCGUCUGCUCUGAUGAAAGGGAAGAGAGACCCGGAGCUGGCUGCAUUCAUUUUCAGAACGGCGGUGGUUUUUGUGUAUAAGGACUGCUCCAAGCACAAGAAAAAAAUGGGUGGAUCUCACAGAGCAUCAGUCCUGGAUGAGAGAGAUCCGUUCCGCUUCAGACACAUGAUCUCUACCGACGCUCUCCAAGUUCGCAACCUCCCAAAUUCAGAAGGAUCUGCAAUGUGUGAAAUUGUUCACGUGAGGUCAGAAUCUGAAGGAAGACCAGAGAGGACUUUCCAUAUCUGCUGCAGCUCUCCAGAGAGUAAGAAAGACUUCCUGAAGACCGUUCAUUCCAUUUUGAGAGAGAAACAACGCAGAGAGUUAAUGAAGACUGAUAGUUUACCUCCAAAUCAGCAAUAUAUUCCCUUCGGAGGAAAGCGGCUUUGUGCGCUAAAAGGCUCACGACCCAUCAUGAACCGAGCGGUUUCGGACCCACCUCGAACCCUCGGCCGCCGUAAGUUGAUUCGAAACCGUUUCACCAUCGACACGGAUGUGAUUUUCAACGACGGCUCAUCCCAAGACCUAUCGCCCGUCACCCCAACAGACUCUCCACCGUCAAAGCUGUCCUCUUUGCUCCAGAAACCCCAGCAUCCGAUCGGAGACACUGACCGCUGGGUGGAGGAUCAGUUCGACCUGCAGAUCUACGAAAACCAGGACGACGUGAAGGAGACGGACAUCCUCAGCGACGACGACGAAUACUGCAAAUCUGUCCGGGGCCCUUCAUCCGAACCGAGCCUUGAGGAGUCUUUGGAGGCCCUUAGUGUGGAGGGAGACGUAGAAAAACCGGAUGAAAUCCUGGAGGACAAGCCGUCUCCAAUGUCUCACGCCCCUCUGAAGCUGACCCUUCUAAAAAAGCAGUGCGCGGUGGAGAGCGUCGCCUCCGAGAGGGAUUGUGAGGUCAUUUGGGUUCGCAGAGACGAUUUCGGCAAUGGCUGCAACAGUGACAUCUUCUGAGCGUAAUGGAAAAUGACACUUUGACUCUUGCAGCAAUAGAUGCGAGAAUGGAGCAGAUACCUACUGAGUCCAAGCCUUUAUGGACGCAAUGCACUGACAAUCCUGCUGAAAUCCAGAACUCAACUUCUAUAUUAUUGCAGUCCAGACAUCACAAGAACAUCCGCUUGUACAGCCGAUGUAUUUGUAGAGGCUUUGUGCUGAUAUGGUGCCUGACUUGCACGUGCGGACAACAGGCAGCUACACUUUUUUUUGUUGAUAUCAUGUGCUUCAUAUCUCCUCCGCCCUCUUAUUAUUCAGGAAAAUUGUGACUUAACACUUGAUAUAAUCUUGCUAUUGCACUGGUACGGCGACACGCAGGUGCUUUUUAGUGUCACGUUCCCUGGAAAGUCACAGUAGUUGUUUAAUGCCACCCCCUGUUACAAGCACAAAAGUCGCUUGCUUGCUGUCUUUAUUCCCUUUUGAUCGGUCACAAAUGGGAAUUCAGUAUUAAAAAUUGCUGUGCAUAAACACUGAUGUUUUUUUACUUGAAUUUUAAAGAACUGCAAUAAUGUUAUUUCCUAAAGGUUGGGAACUUGAACUAUAUAAUCCUUGCAAAAUCAUGUUAAGUAAGCCAUUACAAAUCAAACACCCAUAUACAGUAAAGUGCAACAGUCACUCACUAUUGGAUUACUGUAUGUAGCAGACUUGGUAAGAAAAUGACAUUUUUUUAGGAUUUUGAAUCUUUGAUGUUUUGUACAUUUGGUAAAGAAUAACGAUGGCCAUGGUGAAGCCAUGACGGUAUAUAUUUUAAACUUAAGAGAUGCCCUUUCACUUGUGAAAUACAAUCAUUUGUACUUUAGCCAUGAAACCCUUUUCACUGUUUGUACAAUUUGACUGCUUUUCUUUCACCCUUUGCCUUUUUUAAACCGUGUAUGUUCAUACUGUGGAAAUACUUAUUAACCUAAAAUAAAUUUUCCUAAUUUAUAUUUGCAGUUUUAUCCAAAUAA